AUGUACAUUGAUAUAAAUGUUAUCAUAUUCUUUUAUUCCUCUUUCAUCCUAUUCCCUUUUAUCACCAAACACACUCUCAUGGAGGUUUCAUGGGAACAAAGUGUCACCUAUUCUAUCAACACAAUUUACCUUCUGUUCUCUGCUUACUUAGUUUUUGUAAUGCAGCUAGGAUUUGCCAUGAUAUGUGCAGGAUCUGUCCGGGCCAAAAAUGCUAUGAACAUAAUGCUUACCAAUGUAGUUGAUGCAGUGGUAGGCAGCAUCUCUUUCUAUCUUUUUGGUUUUGCAUUUGCUUAUGGCAAUUCCAACCCUUUCAUUGGAACCAAUUUGUUUGCUUUAGCUAAUAUUCCAAAUGAAAAUUAUGACUAUGGAUUCUUUCUUUACCAAUGGGCUUUUGCUAUAGCUGUGGCAGGUAUAACUAGUGGGUCCAUUGCUGAGAGAACACAAUUCAGUGCUUAUCUUGUUUUUUCAUUUUUUCUUACUGGCUUUGUGUAUCCAAUUGUGGCACAUUGGGUUUGGUCAUCUAGUGGUUGGCUUAGUCCAAAUUCAAGUCAUUUGUUCUUGGGCUCAGGGGCUAUUGACUUUGCUGGGAGUGGAGUGGUGCAUUUGGUUGGUGGCAUUGCGGGACUUUGGGGGUCUAUUAUAGAAGGUCCGCGGGUCGGGCGGUUUGAUGCUUAUGGAAAGGCUGUACCUUUCCGCGGACACAAUGCCGCGCUUGUGGUUCUCGGGACGUUCUUGUUAUGGUUCGGUUGGUUCGGGUUUAAUCCUGGCUCAUUCGACAAAAUUCUCGCGGCCUACCCUAACACAUCUGAUGAAGGCAAUUGGACAUCGGUAGGCCGGACGGCCGUGACAACUACAUUGGCAGGCUCGACCGCGGGGAUCGUCACAUUGUUCAGCCGUCGAUUAUUAAUUGGCCAUUGGGAUGCAAUGGAUGUAUGCAACGGUUUGAUUGGCGGGUUCGUCGCCAUCACAUCCGGGUGCUCGGUUGUCGAGCCAUGGGCCGCUAUUAUAUGCGGAUUCGUCUCGGCUUGGGUAUUAAUCGGCCUAAACAUCUUGGCACUAAAACUAAACUAUGAUGAUCCAUUAGAGGCAGCUCAAUUACAUGGUGGAUGUGGCAUUUGGGGAUUAUUGUUUACAGGGCUAUUUGCCAAAGAGGGGUUUGUGGUUCAAACAUAUAAUGCUGGGGUGGCAGUGAAAAGACCCUAUGGUCUUCUACUUGGAGGUGGAUGGGGAUUGAUUGGAGCUCAAGUGGUUGAGAUUUUGGUUAUCUUUGGAUUUGUUAGCAUAACAAUGGGGCCUAUGUUCUAUGCCUUGCACAAACUCAAGUUACUAAGAAUUCCUGUGGCUGAUGAACUUGCUGGUCUUGAUAUAUCCAGCCAUGGAGGCUAUGCUUAUGCUCAUCAUGAGGAAAAUCAUGCUCAAUCAUAUGGAGAUUAUAUGCGUAUGCAAGAUAAUCAAUCGUAG